AACUUUGUACACAACAAGUGAUUAUCGAUUGCACAUGCGUCCUCAGGGCAAAGACGUCAAUUACGUUCGGUUUAUAAACUUUUCCAGAAGUUGGCGCAGGCGUAUUUCAAACGUAGUUUUAGCCGAAGCGCUGACCAUUGUGGACAGUGCAUCGGUCGCUUUCGCGAAGUGAUCAUGAACACAAAUUCAAAACGUGAUUUGAAAAGCUUUGAUUUCGAAAAUAUCAGUGACUAUAGCCUACAAUUAAACCGAUGGUUUCUCAUAUCGCUCGGUGCUUGGCCACAAGGCACAUCGAGCACAGUAAAGAGGAUCGUCGUAUCAAUGCAAAUUCUCAUUUUUUCAAGCUCGAUAGCUAUCAUUACGAUACCUUGCAUGUUGUACGUGUCGUUUGAAAGAGAAGACAUCCAAACUAAAUUAAGCGCCGUUGUUCCGUUACUUCAUAGAAUUAUGGGCUCGGUAAAUUACUGGACGUUACUUACGCGCCACAAAGACAUAUACAAUUGUAUACGACACAUGGAGACGGACUGGAAACUCGUCCAAAAAAUCGAUGACCGUGAAGUGAUGCUACAAUACGCUAAAAUCGGCCGCUUCAUGGCAGGGUUCUGCGCGGUGUUCAUGCACGGUAGCGCAUUUUUUUUCACCGUAGUGCGGGCGAUCAAAACCACGACCAUUACAGUCGGCAACGAAACCUUUACUAUGCAUCCGAUGACAUGUCCGGUGUACAGUAAGAUCAUCGAUGCGAGAUUCAGUCCUGCGAACGAGAUCUUUCUGGGCGUGCAGGUUUUCUCGGCGUUUGUAGUAGGUUCCUCUACAGUUGCUGUUUGUAGUCUUGCCGCUGUCUUUGCCAUGCAUGCUUGUGGCCAACUGAAUGUAUUAUAUAUGUGGUUGAACGAACUUGUCAAGUACGAUGAGAAGAAAAAUUUAGCGGAGCAAAGAUUAGCUGCUAUUGUGGAGCAUCAUUUGAGAGUCCUUAGUUUUAUAGCAAAUAUGGAAAGUAUUAUGCAUAAAGCUUGUCUGGCGGAAUUGAUGGGAUGCACAUUAAACAUGUGUUUACUUGGAUAUUACUCUAUUAUGAAUUGGGCUGCAUUUGAUGCAGCAAAGAUAUUAUCGUAUGUUACUGUAUAUAUGUCGAUGAGUUUCAAUAUAUUCAUAUUCUGUUACAUUGGUGAGAUACUAACAGAACAGUGCAAACAUGUUGGGGAGAUAGCAUAUAUGACCAAUUGGUAUAAACUGCCUCACAAAACUGCACUCGGCCUCGUAUUGAUAAUCAUGCGAUCGAGUUUGGUAAUCAAAAUAACUGCGGGGAAAUUAUUUCAACUAUCCAUCGCAACUUUUGGCGAUAUAAUUAAAACUUCCAUGGCAUAUUUGAAUAUUUUGCGAACAAUGACUACAUAA